AAACCCGGCCCAGAUUCAUUUCGUUUACCAGUUCUUCGUUUUCGUUUCAUCAGAAAAGAAGAGUGUAUCCUGUGGAAGCAGACUUGCGUCAAGUCUUGUUUGAUUUCUCCUUCUCCUAAUCAAUCCCAAUUCAGAAACUUUUCAUCCCAAUUCCAAUUUCCCAAUAAAAAAUUCUACGAAUUUCUCAAUUUUCAAUCCCAACAACUAUUUCUUCCACACCGUCACAAUCACAACCUCACACCUUCAAUUUUUUUUUUCAAUCUUCAAUCCAUUUUCUCACCAAAGGGUUUCUCUUGAUUUCACUUUCUCUGUUAUUUCUUCUCAAUUUGCCUCUGCCACGUGAAAUUCUCUUGAUCAAAUUCAAAGGUGUGAACUUGAACGUGUUGGAACUGUGUCACAAUGGGAACACACACGUUACUGAAACUAUUAUUGUUUUCUCUCAUCAUAUUUCAUGGUGUUGAUGCUUCUUUUGUUAGGAGCUUCAGAAAGUUAAUUGAUUCAAAUCCAAUAAAGGAUUCUCCAGAUCCAAACAACACAGUUGGUGAAGAGAAAAAGAAAGAAGAGACCCCAUCUUCUACCAAUGAUAAUAAAAUUGAUGCUAAUGUUUCAUCUGUUCCACCACCACAGUCUUCACAUAAAGUGGAGAAUAACAGUGAUGUAAAUCAAAAGGAGAACAAUAGUACUACUAAUACACCUCUUCCUGUUACUGCUACUACACCUCCUCCUCCUGUUCCUGUUCCUGUUCCUGUUACUGCUACUACACCUCCUCCUCCUCCUGUUCCUGCAGCUGCACCUCCUGUUCCUGUUCCUGCAACUGCACUACCUCCUGUGCCCAAAAAAACUGAAGAUGGGGUUAAUGAGGGAAAGGAUCAGGAAGAAAAGAAGGGUAAAGAUGAGGAGAUUAAAUUUUCGCAUUCUACAACGAAUGACACUUGUGAUGGACUAAAUACUUGCACAGAUGAUGGGGCCAUGGCUGCUUGCAUUUCUAUUAAGGAUUCCAAAAACUUGGUUGUUCUUCUUCGAAAUAGAGGGGACGGCUCUAUCAAAGUGAAGCUUCGCAGUGAUUAUGAAAGUAACCUUGGAGAUGUAGAGGUUGACAAGAAUAAAACAGAGAAGGUCACUAUCAAUCGAAUUAAUAGCGAAAAUACCCAACUGACUUUGGAUGCUGGAAAAGGGGAUUGCGUGCUUCACACGGCUACUCCCAUACCUGAGGAGAGUUAUUUUCUGCACUUUCCUUCUUAUGACAAGAUUUUAACGCCAAUAAACGGCGCCUAUUUCCUCAUAUUCACAGUAUUAGUCUUUGGAGGUAUAUGCGCUUGUUGCAUGUUCAGGAAGAAACAUCGCGACGAGAUCCCAUAUCAAGAGCUCGAAAUGGCGUUGCCCGAGUCUGCUUCAGCUACCAAUAUAGAAUCUGCUGAAGGUUGGGAUCAAGUUUGGGACGAUGAUUGGGACGACAAUGUAGCGGUGAAAUCGCCAUCAGUACGUCAUGCAGGAAGCAUCUCGGCAAAUGGCCUUACUGCUAGAUCCUUAAACAAAGAUGGAUGGGAAGAUAACUGGGAUGAUUAGUUUUAAAAAGGGAAAAAGAAAUAAGGGAAAGGAAUAUUAACUUCAAAGGCUGGGAAUGAUAUGAUAGAAAAUGCAAACAUAGUUAGGGAGGGAUGUGACAAAUGUGGUUGUGCUAGUGCUAGUGCUUAAAUUAAAGUAUAUCCUAGCAAAGAGACCAAAAAAAGAAAGAGAGAAGUAUCAUAGUUUUCAGCACAUUGGAAUUUUAAGCUUGAACAUGUAAUAGUGAAUGCCCUGCCUCAAAAUAGAGACAAAGGAAACUGUGUAAAUGAAAUAUAGAAGCUAAAGUUUUUUUUUU